CAAACGCAGAACUUCUUCCUUGAUCAGCUGACCGUGAGUGAGAUGCCCAGUUGAAGGACCUGUGAAUGUUAAACCUUAUAUUUUCCGCUUCAUUUAUGGAAAGCUGUGUCUGUUUCAUUGAGUUAAAUUCUGUGACCAUAGCGUUGAGACCGUCAGGCUCAUCGUGACUUCUCUACACCAGUAGCUGGGUGAACAAACUUCCUGAAAGCAGCCAUGACAGAAUUCUGGUUGAUCUCCGCUCCGGGGGAGAAGACCUGCCAGCAGACAUGGGAAAAGCUCAUGGUGGCCACUACACGGAUCAAUAACCUGUCCACCAACCACAAAUUUAACAUCCCAGACCUAAAGGUUGGGACUCUUGAUGUGUUAGUGGGCCUGUCGGAUGAGCUUGCAAAGCUAGACACUUUUGUGGAAAGUGUGGUGAAGAAAGUUGCUCAGUACAUGGGUGAUGUUCUGGAGGACAACAAAGACAAAGUCCAGGAGAACCUACUAGCUAACGGAGUCGACCUGGUCACCUAUGUCUCCAGAUUUCAGUGGGACAUGGCUAAAUAUCCAAUCAAACAAUCACUGAAAAACAUCUCUGAGAUUGUCUCUAAGCAAGUGACUCAGAUAGACAACGACCUGAAGGCCAGAGCUUCAGCUUACAACAAUCUGAAGGGAAACCUGCAGAAUCUGGAGAGGAAGAACGCAGGGAGUUUGUUGACCAGGAGUCUGGCUGACAUAGUGAAGAAAGAUGACUUUGUGCUGGACUCAGAGUACCUGGUUACCAUGCUGGUGGUCGUCCCCAAGACGAACUACCUUGACUGGCAGAAGACGUAUGAGACGCUGGCAGAAAUGGUCGUACCUCGUUCCACUAAGCAGCUGUUUGAGGACAACGACAGCGGUCUUUUCAGUGUGACGCUCUUCAGGAAGGCUGUAGAUGACUUCAGACACAAAGCCAGAGAAAACAAGUUUACAGUGCGCGACUUCCAGUACAACGAGGAGGAGAUGAAGGCAGACAAAGAGGAGAUGACCCGCCUGUCCACAGACAAGAAGAAACAGUUUGGUCCUUUGGUGCGUUGGCUGAAGGUGAAUUUCAGUGAGGCCUUCAUCGCGUGGAUUCACAUAAAAGCACUGCGUGUGUUUGUUGAGUCAGUAUUGAGAUACGGGUUGCCGGUUAACUUCCAGGCCAUGCUGCUUCAGCCCAACAAGAAGAACAUGAAGAAACUUAGAGAGGUGCUGUAUGACCUGUACAAACACCUGGACAGCAGUGCUGCUGUCAUCGAUGCUUCCAUGGACAUCCCAGGUCUGAAUCUGAGCCAACAGGAGUACUACCCGUACGUUUACUACAAGAUCGACUGCAAUCUGCUGGAUUUCAAAGUCUGAAAACCUGGCCAUUACCUUGAUAUGCUGUAACAUUUUGAUUGUUGUGACAUGCUUACUUUGCAAGCUUUAAUUUAUUUUGUUCUUUCACCCCACUCUUGUUUCCCUUCUUUGGUUUCCAUUCAUGUGUUUUCUUGUGCAUUUCUAAGUCAACACAACAAGUAUGACUUUCUUGUGAGAACACAAAAGUGGUCAACUCUA